AUGGAUUCUAAUCAAACGCCCGAAAUGUCAGAGCAUCAGAGGCAGCAAUUGCAAUUUCAACUUUUUCAAGAGUCGCUUCCUAAAGUGAACGAAAUGGUAUAUUGGAUGCUUUUGAAUGAAACAGUGCCCCUAGCCAUUAGUGUUGAGAAUAAUUUAUCUAAAAGCUCGACAAGUGAGCCCGAAGCAAGUCAAUCGCUGGAAAGGGAACUCGACUCUAAGUUGACCCUGAGCCCCACUAACGACCUACCGUCUCAUAAGCUUUUACAACAGUAUCUGACCGCAGAUGAAGAGAAACAAGCUAAGAUCAAACAGCGACUUUCUAACACUGGAUUUCUACUGGGCCAGAAACUGUCGCAGUUGCUUAUCUUUAGCAAUAACCCUAACAUAAGCUUCAAAAACAUGGAUCUGCUCACAGUGAUGAAAUUUGUGUGUCGCGAUGUUUGGAGACAGAUGUAUGGCAAACAGAUUGACAACCUGAAAACCAACCACAGAGGAACAUUUUAUUUGCUAGAUUACAAUUACAAGCCCAUCGAGUCGUUUGCUCUCGAAGAAAACCUCUCCGCCCAAGAGCAUACGUUGAUUGAGCCCUAUUUAGAAAUACCUUGUGGAGUUAUUCGCGGGGUGUUGGAAUCCCUCGGUUUCCAGGAAGAGGGUCAAGUUGUCUGCAAUGCCACGAUAGUAGAACCACCCGAAUCGAGCGGCACAACCAUAACUGGCACGCCGCCGGCGAUCAGUUUCAACGUCCAGGUCUUGUCCACCCAGUAG